UAUCCAAUCGUCGCCAGCUUCACCGAGGUGGAUGUGUGUUUGUUGGAAGUAGCUAGCUCUCCAUCAAUUCGGUUGCUACUUAUUUUCGAUUACACGUGUUGAGUAAGUUAGUUUGCCGUAUUUUUUGUUUCCUCCGUCACUUUGCUGUAACGUUAACCGAGGACAUGCUGUUAUCAAGAUUACGGUUGGUAAGAACGGCCUCUUCCUUGAUGACCCGGACCCUGUGCCUUGGGUCCAGAAUCUUACAGGGAAAGGCCCCUGACAUGGCAGAAGGAAACCCGCACUUACUUGUGACCAAUGUCAGGAACAGACUGAUGGAGACCGUAGGAGCAUCCACCAACUGGAGGGAUCACCAACAGGCGAUGGCAGAGAGGGUGUCCCUCAGCUCCCACCUUGCACAUUCCCAAGAUGAGCUACCUGUGCGGAGGAUGAAGGACAGCUACAUCGAAGUGCACCUGCCUUUAGGCACGCAGCCAGAACUGAGAGAGAAAUAUCUCACUUUCCACAACAGUGUCAGGUUUGGCCGAAUCCUGGAAGACCUGGACAGUCUGGCAGUACUCAUCUGUUACUCCCACACAAAGAAUGAUGCCCUGCAACGGUCUCCUCUGUCCAUUGUCACUGCCCUGGUGGACAAAAUUGACAUGAGAAAACAAACAAUCUACCCAGAUUGUGACAUCAAGUUCACCGGUCACGUGACCUGGGUGGGCAAGACUUCCAUUGAAGCCAAAAUGCACAUGUCGCAGUUCCAUGAUGGAGCCUACAGUCCUGUGUUAGAUGCCACGUUUGUCCUGGUUGCCCGUGAUCCUGAGAAUAAGAGGGCAGCGUAUGUGAACCCACUGAAGCCAGAGGGGCUUGAGGAGGAUAAACUGUUCCAGGAAGGAGAGGCCAAUAAGAAGCGGCGUGUGGAGCUAAGCACUGCCUCCUUGCUGAAAGCCGCACCCACUGCUGAGGAGAGGAAGAUCAUCCACAGUCUCUUCCUCAACACGCUGGAGUCCAAGACAGUGAGUUUCCGCAGCAGAGUUCUCCCUCCCAACUCUGUAUGGAUGGAGGACGCCAAGAUGAAGGGGCUAGAGAUCUGCCACCCACAGGAAAGGAACAUAUUUAAUCGGAUCUUUGGUGGCUUCCUAAUGAGGAAAUCAUAUGAGCUUGCCUGGGCCAACGCUUGCGCCUAUGGUGGUUGUCGACCGAACCUUGUUGCUGUUGAUGACAUCCUCUUCCAGAAGCCGGUGGAGAUAGGCUCCCUUCUGCUUCUAUCCUCACAGGUUUGCUACACACAGGACAAGUAUAUCCAGGUCCGAGUUCACACGGAGGUGCUUGACCCCUUGACAGGUCAGCACAACACCACCAACAUCUUCCAUUUUACCUUAAGCUCCCCGGUGGAUGUACCAGCAAUCAUUCCUAGGAGUUACGGAGAGUCUAUGCUGUACCUGGAUGGAAAGAGGCACUUGGACGUGGUAGUGAGCAGCCAAUGAUGUAUUGAACUGUCACAGGAUGACCUUCCAAGAAGCUUACUGCCAAAUCCUUGCUAAAUCCCUGCUUACCCAAACUCUGGGUGUGUGCGUGUGAGAUAUUGUGCAUUAGACCAAGGUUUGCUUUCGUAUCAUUCACAAAAUACACUGUAGUUUCUCUUUUUUCAGUCAGCAGUUGUGUGUUAUAAAUCAUUUUCACAUGUACAAUGUUUAGGGGCCAUUUGUGAAUGAGAGCCGAAGCAUUUUGGAAUAGUUAACAUUCAUGGAAAUUCAAUGUCGGUGAGAACAAAGCAUUAUUGGAUGCUUGCCUUGUUUCACUAAGACAUCUAUCAAGCAACAUUAUAUUUUACUACAGUGCCGUGAAAGAGUAAAAAAUGCGAAUGGUUUCAGAUCUUUAGAAUAUCAUAUUAGGGAACCUGAGUAACGGGAAAAACACUUAACGUUAAAAAUGAUUUUUUCAUUUGUUUACUGAAAAAAGUUAUGAAACCCCUGUAUCGCCCAUGUAAGAAAGUAAUUGCACUCUUAACACGAUGGUUGCACCACCUAAUCCGCAGUAACUGCAACCAAACACUUUCUAGAAUUUGACAUGUCUUUCACAACACUGUUGUGCAAUAUUCCACUCUUCUUGCAGAAUAAUUUCACCCUGUUUCUUGACACAAGCUUGAAACUUGCAUACCCAAAAUCAAAUGGUUACUAUUCUUGAACCCUUUUGACAACACCUAUAAUCACUGUCUUCCCUUUGGGGUUUGUUUUCUAAAAGUUAUUAUUACUUUAAGUAUUAUUAAAGGAAAGUUACUGAAGCUCAAACACAGUGCAUGUGGAUGAUCUUUUUCUCACUGAAAAGAUUUUAUUUUAUAGUGGAUACAGAUUAUUGUGGCAGUGCCUGCCGUGCUUCUAAGCACAAUGGAGCCACAGCCAAAACAGAAAUCACCUUUCAAAUUUGAUCACAAUAUCUCCAAACAUUUGUCUGCAUUGUUUUUUUAAGCUAAUGGCAGAUAAUGGCAGCAAAUGUGUAUGCUAGAGAAUACCAUGUCAAGUUUUGUGAUGGACUGAUUUUUUUCUUAUUCAUCCAAUAUGUGUCUUUACAGUAUGAACAUUUCUAAUUGCUGCAUGCUGCUUGGACCACAAUAAUUAUCCCUUGCAGUUAUAUUUAUCAAUUCAAUUUGGUUAAUUGGUUGACCACCUAAGGGGGCAAUUGGUAACCUUUUUCAUUAAAUGAAAUGCUUUAAAAAAUGUGUUUUGUGUUUACUCUGUUUCCUUUUGUCUAAUAUUACAGUUGUGUUCAAGAAAAUAGCAGUGUAACAUCAGUAACCACUAUGAAUCACUAUUAUUAGUAGUAGUGAUAUUUCUGCAUGGCAAGUACCUUGCUUGUAGAUGUAGUAGUGUAAUAGAAAAACAACAGACCCAACUGUCAUGACAUGCACGCUGCUUGUUCUGAGUAAUUGACUCAUUCAUUGAAAGGGGUGAGUUCAAAAUAAUAGCAGUGUGGAGUUUAAAUCGAGAAUUCAUUCAUUCUGUGAAAAAACAGGUGUCAUUGUCCUUUAUUGAGGAAGAAGGGAAGCAAAUGUUUCACACAUUGUUAGCAAUUCAGAAGGAAAUAUAUUUUAUAAGUAUGUAAACAUUAUUUGGAGGAACAACAUCAUUUGAUGAAAAAGUUGAUUGGAGAGGGGAAAACAUAUAAAGAAAUGCAGCAAAUUAUAGGAUGCUCAGCUAAAAUGAUCGCAUAUGCUUUAAAAUGGCAACAAAAACCUGAAACAAGCGGAAGAAAAUGAGCAACUCCUGUUAAAAUGGAUCGAAGAAUAGUCAGAAUGGCAAAGAUUCAGCCAUUCAUCAGCUCCAGAAAGAUCAAAGAUGAUCUACAAUUACCUGUAGGUGUUGUUACAGUCAGAAGACAUUUGAUCGAAGCUAAGAAGCCCCCGUAAAGUACCAUUACUGGAAAAAAAGGGCAGGUGCAGAAUCAGUUAAAAUCUGCCAUGGAACACGUCGAUUGGCCCAAAGAGAAAUGGCGUAGCAUUCUUUGGACUGAUGAGAGUAAAAUUGUUCUUUUUGGGUCAGUACGUCAGAUGACCCCCGGGUACUGAUUUCAAGCUAUAGUACACCGUGAAGACAGUGAAGCAUGGUGGCACAAAAAUUAUGGUAUGGGGAUGUUUUUCAUACUUUUGAAUACAUCAAAAUACUUGAAGAGAUUAUGUUGCUGUAUGCCGAAGAGGAAAUGCCAAACACACAAGUAAGCGAGCAACAUCUUGGUUCCAGACAAAACGGAUUGAGGUAAUGGAGUGCCCAGCUCAGUCCCUCAACCCCACUGAAAAGUGGUGGGGUGACAUUAAAAAUGCAGUUUCUGAAGCAAAACCCAAAAAUUCACGGUAACUGGAAUGUAGUUUGUUCAUCCUGGGCUGAAAUACCUGUUUCUAGGUGCCAGAAGUUGGUUGACUUCAUGCAACGCAGAGUUAUCAAAAACAAUGGUUAUGCAAGUAAAUAUUAGUUCAGUAAUUUAAAGUGAAGUUAAAUCUUGAAAAAUGUUUUCAGUUUUACAGUUUGAAGAGAGUUUGAAGAGAGUUUGAAGAGAAAAAUGUUGACUGCCAUUUUUUUGAAUGGAUUAAUAUUUAUUUUCUUUGCUAUAAGAAUAACGCUUUGAUUUGGAAUUGAAUGUGUAAUAUUUCCACUACAUUUGAAAUAUUGAACUAAAAGCUAAUAAAAAAUAUUUGCACUUUU